AUGGGCCGACCCUGCAAAGAUUUCGAUUCGUCGCAAGAUGUAAGACCAUACAUCCUGGGCUACACGGUCGGCAACGAUGUGAGCUGUCGGUACUGGCAACAGCGCGCAGGGGCACCGUAUUCCAAAUCGUUCGAUCAAUUUGGCCCCAUCGGCCCUGUCAUCGCGUCCGCCAAAGUCGUCGGCGACCCUGGAAAUCUUCGUCUAACCACCAAAGUCAAUGGAGAGACUCGACAAGAUGCGAGCACGGCUGAUUUUCUGUUCAAUGUGGACGAGAUCAUCAGGUUUCUAAGCCGGGGAAGGACUCUAGCACCAGGCACUGUCAUCAUGACGGGGACGCCGUCAGGGAUUGGCAUGGCGAAGAAGCCUCCGGUCUGGAUCAAGGACGGAGACGUGGUGGAAAUUGAGAUUGAAAAAGUGGGAAUCAUUCGUAAUAAAUUCGUGGUCCCUCUGCAGAGGGAGGUCAGGCUGUAG